AUGCCGUUAGAGAGAAUAGGUACCGGUAUAUUAUUUACCGUUUUUGUGGUUAGACUGACAUGUGCCUAUACGAGUCAGUCUGUUUUUGAUGUGGACCCAGUUCGACCCGAGUCAUCUUUGUUGAAGCCCAAAGUCUUGAUUGCCAUACUUGCUCGAAAUGCAGAACAUAGUUUACCUUUCUACCUGGGAUGCAUAGACAGACUGGACUACCCCAAGGACCGCAUCACAAUUUGGGUAGCCACGGAUCACAAUGUAGACAACACAACGGCAAUGCUACAGGACUGGCUGAGUACAGUAGAGGGCCAUUACCACUCGGUUGAGUUGAGGGCCGGGGAGUCCAGUGCAUUGCUUGGUGAGGAGGGGCCAAAGCACUGGGUGGACUCCAGGUAUACCCAUGUGCUGAGGCUGAGGCAGGCAGCGCUGAGGAGAGCCAGGGCCCUGUGGGCAGACUACAUACUGUUUGCAGACAGUGACAAUUUGCUGACAAAUCCUGAAGUGUUGACACUGCUGAUGGCUGAGAACAAGACUCUGGUGGCGCCCAUGCUGGAAUCCCGCACCCUUUACUCCAACUUCUGGUGUGGCAUGACUCCCCAGGGUUAUUAUAAACGCACCCCCGAGUACAUACCCAUCAGAGACGGGAAGCGUGAAGGAUGUCACGCCGUUCCUAUGGUGCACUCCACAUUUUUGCUGGACUUGCGGCGGAAAGCCAGCAGAGAUCUGGCCUUCUACCCAGUCCAUCACCUCUACCCCUGGAUUAUGGACGACAUCAUGAUCUUCUCCUUCUCCGCCAGGCAAGCAGGUGUGCAGAUGUUUGUGUGUAACAAAAAACAUUAUGGGUACCUGCCUGUGCCAGUGAAGCCUGAUCAAAACCUGGAGGACGAAGUGGAGAGCUUUUCUCACACCGUCGCUGAGGCUUUGAUUGAGUAUACUUUGGAGCCAUCACAUUUCUUGCAUGCCCGACCUAAACAGAAGGACAAAAUGGGUUUUGAUGAGAUCUACUUGAUUAAUCUGAAACGCAGACCAGACCGAAGGAAGAGGAUGAUGAGCACGUUAGAUGCUCUGGGCCUUCAGGCUACACAAACUGAUGCUGUGGAUGGCAAAGCUCUGAACACCUCUCAGGUGCUGGCACUUGACAUUGACAUGCUGCCCAACUACAAAGACCCAUACUCUGACCGUGUCCUGACAAGAGGCGAGAUCGGAUGUUUCCUGAGUCAUUACAACAUCUGGAAACAGGUGGUAGAGAAAGGACAGCAGCAAGUGCUCCUGCUGGAGGAUGACGUGAGAUUUCAGCCUCGCUUCAAGAGCCGCCUGAUCACCAUCAUGCAGGACGUAAAGGCGGCUGGUCUUGACUGGGACCUCGUCUAUGUGGGCCGAAAGAGGCUGCAGGUGAAGGAGCCUGAGCACUGGGUAGAGGGGGUAAAGAACCUGGUGCACCCCGACUACUCUUACUGGACCCUGGGAUAUGCCCUCUCUCUGCAAGGGGCCCGGAAGCUUCUCCAGGCAGAGCCCUUUGGCAAGAUGCUGCCCGUGGACGAGUUUCUUCCCAUAAUGUUUGACAAGCACCCUAAUGAGGAGUACAUGUCUCACUUUGAGAACAGGGACUUGAAGGCCUUUUCUGUGGAGCCUCUCCUGCUCUUCCCCACACACUACACGGGCGAGCCGGGCUACACCAGCGACACAGAGACCUCCAACAUCUGGGACAACGAGGGGGUGAGCACCGACUGGGACCGGCAGAGUGCCCAGAAGAACCGCGCCGGGCCCCGCUCUCCCGUCCCAAGCUCCCCCAGCAGCAGUGGCAGCAGUCAGAGGGACGAACUCUGAU